AUGGCAGAAGUAUUAUCAUUGGUUGACCUCGAGAUUCCUCAAGUCACUGAUAAGUAUUAUAAAUUUGACACUUUUAAACAUUUAAUCUGUCACUUGUUCAAGAAAACCAGCACAGAAACUGAUUCAAAUGUUCCUAUAGUAAUAAUAUUCCCGACCAACAAUGAUAUCCCUUCGAGAAAGACUCGAUCUACUACCACCACCACCACCACCACUACUACUACUAAUACCAGCAAGUUAGACAAUUUGCCAUUCAGUGAUAAAUCGUUGUUGAUACAAUUCUUCUUCACCCAUUUGAACAUAUUGAUGAUUCAAGGAGAGAAUUCGGAUGAGGGAAAGUUAUAUCAAGAAAUAAGUUCAGCCAAAGAAUUAUUGACAAAUAGGAUAUCACGAGUUGGAAAUUGGACAGGAACAACUCAUUUUAGAUACUGUCGACAUGAGAAUGAUUGUGGACUAUUGAAUCAACAUUCCAAAAUUGCAGGAAUUAUACCCACAAUGACUUACAUUCUCAAUUGUAAUGCAACAAGAUCAGAAAUUGCCACUAACCAAUUGAUAUAUUUAUAUCGACUCAUGAUAGAGGAGAUUAAUUUUAUUGAAUUGUUACAAGAUGCAUCUACGACAAGAUUAUCUCAGUUGUGUUAUGCUGUGGGACAUUGGAGUUUCCCUGCUCAUAAUUUAUCAAAUGACGAUUUGGUUUAUUGUGUUUAUUUGAUGAUAGAUUACGCUAUCAAACAAGUUGAAGGGUUUGACAACAUUCCUUUGAAUGAAUUAUUGGCAUUUAUAUUUAUUGUUAGAGAUACCUAUAAGAAUGGGAAUCCGUUCCAUAAUUUCCGCCACGCUGUGGAUGUUCUACAAGCUUGUUUCCAUUUUCUUAUUAGAUUGGGUAGUUUACCCAAAUUCAAACAAUUUGUCGAGGACCCGAAAUUGGAUUACACCGAAGUUCAUGACACACAUACUGUAUUGAUUGCCUUACAAAACAAUUCCUCCGAGGAAAAAGCUUCUCUUAAUCCAAUACAAACAUUAGGGUUAUUGGUUGCAGCAUUGGGCCAUGAUGUGGGCCACCCAGGUACGACAAAUGAUUUCAUGAUUAAAUUCAGUGCACCAACGGCACUACUUUACAAUGACAGAUCUGUUCUUGAAUCUUAUCAUGCAUCUUUAUUUAUCAAUAAAGUGUUAAGAAUAUGUUGGCCAGAUUUAUUAACUUGUACAAUUGAGGAAAAAUCAGAGUUAACCAUUAGAAGUUUGAUAAUUUCUUCGAUAUUGGCCACCGAUAUGGGUGAACAUAAUGAAUAUGUUAAUCGGUUGAAAUCUUUCAAGACCCAUAAUGAAAUUUUAAACCAUGAUAACACUGUUAAAUUGAUUUCUGCCUUGUUAAUCAAAUGUGCUGAUAUUUCUAACGUGACGAGACCGUUGAGAGUAUCUGCACAAUGGGCAAUGGUUUUAUCAAGAGAAUUUGCAGAAGUUGAGUUGCUCAAAUCGGUAAUCAAAAAAGAUAUUGAUCUUGACUUUACCAAAGAUUUAACUUAUGAUCAUGUUCCACAUGAAUUACGCGAAAUACUUGAAAUACAACCCGAUAUACAUAAAGGACAGAUAUUUUUCAUCAAUUUAUUCGCUGAGAAUUUGUUUAAUAGUGUUAGUGAUUUAUUACCUCAAUUGCAGUAUACUUGUGAUAUUAUCAUGGAAAACAAACUAUUUUGGUUGGAAAGAGCAAAGAAAUAA